ACCCUUAGUAUAUACCAUUGGACCUCAUUCAGGAAAUGACAUUCAUCUUACACCAGCAGAAGGUAAAGACAUAAACAUGAAUAAUGUGUACAGAGUUCAAGUACUAUACUGUAAAAACGUUCUUCUCUGCUGCAGGUUAUAGCCCACCUCAGGACCCGAUGGUCAUGUCAGUCCCAGACAGACCUCUGGGCUGUCCACCAGGUUUGGAGUACCUGGCCCAGGUUGACCAGCUUCUAGUUCAUCAGAAAAUUGAAUUAAUGGAAGUUCUCACGGGAUGGGAGACCAAUAAUCAAUAUGUUGUGAAAAAUAGUUUAGGACAGCAGGUGUUUUUUGCUGCUGAGGAGAGCAAUUUUUGUACUCGCAUGAUGUGUGGACCACUGCGUUCGUUCCUGCUUCAUAUCCAGGAUAACAUGGGACAGGAAGUGAUGACUUUAUCCCGCCCGCUCAAAUGCAGUAGUUGUUGCUUUCCUUGCUGUCUGCAAGAGCUGGAGGUCCAGAGCCCCCCGGGGAGCCCUAUUGGUUAUGUAAUACAAAGCUGGCAUCCUUUCUUCCCGAAAUUCACCAUCCAGAAUGAGAGAAAAGAGCCUGUUCUGAAGAUUGUGGGGCCAUUCUGUGACUGCAAAUGUUGUUCUGAUGUUAAUUUUGAGGUGAUGUCACUGGAUGAAUCAUCAGUGAUUGGUCGGAUUAGUAAACAGUGGUCAGGAUUUGAAGCAGAAGCGUUUACUGAUGCAGACAACUUUGGCUUACAGUUUCCAGUGGAUUUGGAUGUGAAAAUAAAAGCAGUAAUAUUAGGAGCCUGCUUUCUUAUUGAUUUCAUGUAUUUUGAGCACACUCAAAAACAAGAAUGA